AUGGCUUCUUCCAACUCCAAUGCUGGUGGUGUUGAAGGCAACAACUCCAAUGCUGAACUUGAAGCUUGUGUGCAGAAAAUUGACUUGAACAACAUGGAUGAGGAAAUGGUUGAGAAGGAACCUGCAGUUGACUCUCCUGCAAGGGACCCACCAACUGCUGAAAAUUCCAAGGAGCAGGAAGGGGAGUCUCAGGAGGAUGACAUUGAGUUGGAAGGGGAGGAGGACAUUCUGCAGGCUGAAAUUACUAAGCUGCAGGAUCAUGCUGUUGAGCAGGAUACGCGCAUGCAGCAGCAGCAGUCACUCAUCACCAACCUCACGAGGGAGCUCUCUGACCAGGACGACAAAAUCAAGUACCUGGAAGUUGAGCUCAAGAACAUGAAGCACGACGCGCGUGAGCACGUUCACCAGCUGGCGAGGCAGACCUCAAAGAUCAACGAGCUGCGCGAGGCCUUCAGUGCCCUCCGAAGAGAGACCAUGUAUCGCCCUGCACCACGAGCGGACCCGCCUACCAACUCUGCUAGCGGUCGCACCAACCCUUCUCGCUCUGGUGGUGCAGGGGGUGACCCUGGUCCUUCUACGCAGCGCGCUGCUGAGCCGAGCACGCAGGCUUUUGGCUCUCUGCCGAUCACCCUGCCGCCAUUCAUACAUGGCAAGACGGACGUGGCUGCGUGGUUGUCAAUGAUGACCGACCUGUUCAAGGCGCACAAGGUCCAAGACGACGCUCGCGUCGUCGCUGCCACCACCGUGCUGGACCAGAAUGCACAGCGAGUGGUGUAUGGCAGCAAGAUCCAGGCUGAGGCGGAUAGGAAGCCGUUUGGGUGGGAGGAAUUCGCAUCUGCACUCAAGCAAGCUUUCCAGGUCCAGCCGACUCAGCUGGAGGUGCGCAGCCGCCUUGAGAAGCUGCAGUGCGGGAAUCGCACAGUGCAGCAGUACGCCGUGGAGUUUGAGGAGAUCUGGCGCGUGGUGGGGACCACUGAUAAGCACUUCCGCGCUUAUGCCAAAACCACUACCCAGCCGCAGCAGGCCUCAAGGCCCUCUUCUAGCACAGCGGGUCCUAGCGGAAGGCAGCAGGGAACGCCUUGGAAGUGCGGGAACCACAAGAGGCCCUUCCAGCAGGGGCAGCAGGCUGACCACAAGGCCAAGAAGGUCAACGAGGGUGGACCAAGCAAUGUCCAGAGCUGCUUCAAGUGCGGCAAGCCUGGACACAAGGGCUAUGAGUGCCGCUACCGCAAGGCGGUGAAGUACUCUGGCAAGUCCAAGACGGACAGCAAGCGCUAUGAUGGCAGUGGUCCCUCGGGCAGCCAGCGGGAUUUUGCAAAGCCCAACUAG